AUGCAGCACCACGCGUACAGCCGGCUGGGGAGCCUCGGCGGCGCCGCCUCCGCCGCGGCCCCGUCCCCGCCGUCGUCCCCGCGGCGGGCGUGGGGGCGGAAGGCGUCCGCGAAGGGGGCCGCCACCUCCACCUCAAGGGCGGCGGCCGGGGCCGGCGCCGGAGCGGGGAGGGCGCGGAGGGCGGCGCGGGCGGUGCUGGCGGCGCUGCUGCGGAGGCAGGCGGUGUUCCUCUUCGCCCCGCUGCUCUACGUCGCGGCCAUGCUGCUCUACAUGGGCUCCGUCUCCCUCGACGGCGUGCCCCGCAUCAUCUCGCGCCCCGCGCCCGGGUCCAUGUACCGCAGCCCGCAGCUGUACGCCCGACUCCGCGCCGACAUGGACGCCGACAACGCCACCGACGCGCUAGCAACUGUAUGGCGACAUGCUUACAAAGGUGGUGUUUGGCAACCUUGCAUAAGAAAUAACACCUAUGGUUUGCCUGAACCAAAUGGGUACAUAUAUGUGGAGGCAAAUGGUGGUUUGAAUCAGCAAAGGACAUCGAUAUGCAAUGCAGUCGCAGUUGCUGGUUUUCUGAACGCAACUCUUAUAAUCCCAAAUUUCCACUAUCACAGCAUUUGGAGGGAUCCUAGCAAAUUUAGUGAUAUUUAUGAUGCGGAUCACUUUGUCCAGCAUUUGAAAAAUGAUGUCCGAGUGGUUGACAAGGUGCCUGAAUUCAUAAUGGAGCGGUUUAAUCACAAUAUGAGUAAUGUUUUUAAUUUCAAGAUAAAGGCUUGGUCUUCUAUUGAAUACUACAGAGAUGUUGUUCUUCCGAAAUUGAUUGAAGAAAGGCUCAUUAGGAUAUCACCUUUUGCAAAUCGGCUGUCAUUUGAUGCUCCGCCUGCUGUUCAACGACUGAGAUGCCUUGCUAACUUUGAAGCCUUAAAGUUUUCUAAACCAAUCACCGCUUUAUCUGACACUUUAAUAUCUCGGAUGAGAGCAAAAAGCACGGAAAACCACGGAAAAUAUGUAGCGGUACAUCUCCGUUUUGAAGAGGAUAUGGUUGCUUUCUCUUGCUGUGUCUUUGACGGUGGUGAUGAGGAGAAGAAAGAAUUGGAUGUGGCCAGGGAAAGAGGCUGGCGUGGUAAAUUUACUAGGCCCGGACGUGUAAUAAGGCCUGGAGCAAUAAGGAUGAAUGGGAAAUGUCCACUUACACCUUUGGAGGUCGGAUUAAUGCUUCGUGGAAUGGGUUUCAGUAAUAACACUUCCAUCUAUUUGGCUUCUGGAAAGAUAUAUAAAGCAGAGAAGAACAUGGCUCCUCUUCUUGAAAUGUUCCCUCUCUUACAGACAAAAGAAACAUUGGCAUCAGAUGAAGAACUUGCUCCUUUCAAGAAUUUCUCCUCGAGGAUGGCGGCUAUUGACUACAGUGUCUGUGUACAUAGUGAGGUUUUCGUGACUACUCAAGGUGGAAAUUUUCCUCAAUUUCUUCUUGGUCAUAGAAGAUACUUGUAUGGUGGGCAUUCAAAGACAAUUAAGCCUGAUAAAAGAAGAUUGGCCAUACUCUUUGACAGUCCACGUAUCGGAUGGAAAUCAUUGAGACGCCAGUUGCUUAAUAUGAGGUCACACAGCGAUUCCAAGGGUAUUCAGAUGAAAAGAGCAAAUGAAUCUAUAUACUCAUUUCCAUGCCCUGACUGCAUGUGCCGUUCCAAUAAAUCAGAACACUCUAAACCCAUCCAGGCUAGAUAGUAUCUGCCUUGACUGCUUUGACUGAUCCUGAUUCUUUUUGACAUCAUGGUACAGUAUGCUCAUUCUUUCCGUGCAGUCUGGUGGUGUGAUGUUCCUCAUCAGACACCCCUAUUGCAGUGUUCCACUCCUUCCCCCCAUGUCGACUUUUGCAGAGACAUGUUCAGGAUAUAUUCACGUGGGCUAAUUCUGGGGCUAACAAUACACUGAUCUCCUCUAUACUAGAUGUAUCUCUUAGGUCUUAACCAUCUCUAGGGCUAUUCCUUGACAAUGUAGUGUCAAUCUUCAUGUUGUGUUUGUAGUUCUCUUUGUACAUUGCUCAGCUAGGAAGCAAACACAAAUUGUGAUAUAUGAAUUUUGAAGGGAAGACACACAUUGUUC